AUGUCUGGAAAAGAAAGACUAGCGAUUUUCCCUUCUCGGGGUGCUCAGAUGUUGAUAAAGGGCCGUCUGGCUGGAGCAGUUAAAGGCCAUGGUCUCCUUAAGAAGAAAGCUGAUGCCCUCCAAGUGAGGUUCCGUAUGAUCCUGAGCAAAAUUAUUGAAACUAAGACACUUAUGGGUGAAGUGAUGAAAGAGGCUGCAUUUUCACUGGCAGAGGCUAAGUUUACAACUGGUGAUUUCAAUCAAGUGGUACUGCAGAACGUCACUAAGGCUCAAAUCAAGAUUCGUUCUAAGAAAGACAAUGUUGCUGGUGUAACACUCCCAAUCUUCGAGUCUUACCAAGAUGGUACUGACACAUAUGAACUGGCUGGUCUGGCCCGAGGUGGUCAACAACUUACUAAGCUGAAGAAGAACUUCCAGAGUGCUGUCAAACUGCUCGUAGAGUUGGCUUCCCUGCAGACAUCAUUUGUGACCCUGGAUGAGGUCAUCAAGAUCACCAACAGACGUGUUAAUGCUAUUGAACAUGUAAUUAUUCCCCGUUUGGAGCGUACUCUUGCAUACAUUAUCUCCGAAUUGGACGAACUCGAGCGUGAAGAGUUCUACAGGUUGAAGAAGAUCCAGGACAAGAAGAAGAUCAUUAAGGAUAAAGCAGAAGCUAAAAAGGCGUUGUUGAUAGCUCAAGGUCAAGAACUACGCAGCUCGGCAAACUUGCUGGACGAAGGCGACGAAGACUUGCUGUUCUAA